AUGAGCACCUCGGCGGCGGCCCCCGUCAGGCUGAUGCCCGGCGGGCACCCAGAGCAGGCGGCCGCCGAGCCGCCCGCCAAGCGGCUCCUCUGCGUUCCCGCCUCGGACCCGGCGACCGAACGGGGCAGCCCCGCCGCCAACGUGCCCGGCGGCUCGGCGCCCUCCGCCUCCCUGCCACAGCCGCCGCCGAGCGUAAGGGCCCUGGUGGCGCGGGUGGUCACCCCCGGGGGCCCGCGGCCGGUGGCGCCCAAGGGGCCCUCCACGGCCACCCUCCAGCUGCCCCCCAACUUCCAGCUGCCCCCAGGAGCUGUUCUUAUCAGAAGCAGUAAUGGCCAACUAAUGCUAGUAUCCCAACAAGCAAUAUCACAAGUUCAGAGCCAGCCACAAAAUAACACAAGUGUGAGAUCAUCUGUACCAGCUAGCACACCUGCAAUCAGAAUAUGUGCUGUACAGAACUCUGGCACCCAGUUACUAAAGAAAGUAGCAGCUACUCCUGUGAAAACAUUAUCUGAAACAACAAAUGCUGUGGCCUCUACUGUUCAGCCACCUGCUAUAGUACAGCCAGCAGCUGCAGCAGCUAGUGUUACUGCACUUACUGCUGGAAAGCCUUCGAGUACUGGAACACCUGUAAAACUUCCAGUUACAGGACCACCUGCACAAGAUAUUUCCCAAAAGGCAGUCUCUGUGAAAGCAGAGGGCACAACAGUAUCACAGACCAGUGCUUCUACAGAGAUGCUAGAGAAUGUGAAGAAAUGCAAGAAUUUUCUUGCUACACUAAUAAAACUGGCGUGUAGUGGACCUCAAGCCUCUGAGAUGGGGCAGAAUGUGAAGAACCUGGUGCAAAAUCUAUUGGAAGCAAAAAUUGAACCAGAAGAGUUUACAAAAAAGCUAUACAUAGAGCUCAAGUCGUCUCCACAACCGUAUUUGGUUCCUUUUCUCAAGAAAAGCAUGCUUGCCUUACGACAGUUAAUGCCCAAUCCUCAGAGCUUUAUCCAGCAGUGUAUACAGCAGCCAGCUACAACCCCAGGAGCUGUUUCUCCUUGUACCUCUGUAGCACAGGCUCCUUCGAUAGCUGUAGCAACAGCCGCUCUUCCAGUUACAAAACCAGUGUCUGCCUCUGUGAUAGCCACAGCCUCUCCGGUUAUAAAACCAGUCCUUGUCAGUACAACAGCAACAGGUUCUCUGCAGACUGUGAGGCCUGUUGCUGCUUCCACAGUGGUGACAGCAUCUCUUCAGCCUGUAGCUUCAGUCCUCACCACAACGACAGCCACGUCGGGGCUGACUGCCAUCCGAACUGUCAAGCCUGUCUUCACCUCUGCAGCAGCAACGUCCUCUCUCCAGUCUGCAAAGCCACUGCUGGUCUCUACAGCAGCAUCUUCAGCAGCAAAGCCUCUCCAGGCUCUGAAACCAGCCACUGGAGCCCCAGUCAGUAUUAAAAUCUCACAGCCGAGCUCCAUCCUUGCACAGUCUGUGGGUGCUCAGCAGGUGGUUAAAGUGAAACAGUUGGUAGUCCAGCAACCUUCAGGAGCAGUUGUAAAGCAAGUAUCCAUACCCCCACAACCCUCAGCAGUCACCCUACAGAAAUCUGUGGAGAAAAGGAUGCCACUGAAUACACUUGUACAAACGAACCACUGCCCUGCAGGUCCCAUUCUGAAACAAAUUACCUUGCCAGGAAAUAAAAUUCUGUCGCUUCAAGCAUCUUCUGCUCAGAAAGCUGGAAUAAAAGAGAAUGGAGCAACCUCCUUCAGCAGGGAUGAAGAUGAGAUAAAUGAUGUGACUUCUAUGGCUGGGGUCAAUCUUAAUGAGGAGAAAGCCUACAUUUUGGCAAACAACACUGAGCUCAUUGGUACAGUGAUCCAGUCCUGUGCAGAUGAACCUUUUCUCUCCUCAGAAGUGCUUCAGAAGAAGAUCUUGAGCAUAGGUAAAAGGCAUGACAUUAUGGAACUUAACUCUGAUGUUGUGAACUUGAUCUCCCACGCUACACAGGAGAGAUUACGAGGUCUCCUAGAAAAACUAACUGUAAUUGCUCAGCACAGGGUAUCAACCCACAAGGGGAGUGAUAACUAUGUCGUAUCUAGUGACACCAGAGCACAGCUGAGAUUUCUUGAAAAGCUUGAUCACCUAGAAAAGCAGAGAAAGGAUGAGGAGGAACGUGAAAUGUUGCUUCGAGCAGCCAAGAGCCGUUCCAAUAAAGAAGAUCCAGAGCAACUGCGGUUAAAGCAGAAAGCGAAAGAGAUGCAACAAUUGGAGUUAGCUCAAAUGCAACAAAGAGAAGCCAACCUCACAGCUUUGGCAGCCAUUGGACCAAGGAAGAAAAGACCAUUGGAUUCAGCAAACGUUGUAUCUGGAGGGCUGGAGGAUUUGAAAGGCAAUGGAAUUGCUCCUGGAUCAUCAGGUUUUUGCCUUACGAAACAGUUGCUCUGUCCAAGAAUAACCCGUGUCUGUCUCAGGGACUUGAUAUUCUGCAUGGAACAAGAGAGGGAGAUGAAGCAUUCUCUAACCUUGUACCGUGCUCUGCUGAAGUGA